AUGUUGGAAGCCACUCGGCGAUGGUUCCGCCGAAAUAGGACGCCCCUCGCCGUCAGCGUGGGAGUCGUCGGCGCAGGCUACGUGGUGACGCAGUACUUGAUGGGCAAGAUCAACGAUGCGCGCGAGCGUAUGGGCAGCGACCGUAUCGCAAAGGAAAACCUUCGCCGCCGAUUCGAGCAAAACCAAGAAGACUGCACCUUCACCGUGCUCGCACUCCUCCCCUCGGCGACGACAAACAUACUCGAGGCCAUGAACACAGAGAAGAUCACCUACGAGAUCCAGAAGAUGAAGGGCCAGACCAAGAGCCUCAAGAGCGGCAGCGGCAGUCCUCCGAGCAUCGCCGACACCACCAUGACCGAGGACGACGGUCGCAGCAUAGUCAGCAGCAGCGUGCAGAGCGAGAGUGGAGUUCACGCGAGCCAGAUCACGGUGCCGGUCCCGACUUCGGCCGGCGCGGGAGGGGCCGCCGAGGGCACCCAACAGGAUGGCGGGGCCGCGGCGCAGAAGAGUCGCAAGUCGAAAAGGCAGUUGUGGGAUGAUUUGACUAUCAGUUCCAUCACGAGAGCAUUCACGCUGCUAUACACCGUGGCACUUCUGGCGAUGUUGACAAGGGUCCAACUAAACCUCCUCGGCCGCCGCAGCUACCUCUCGAGCGUCAUAUCGCUGGCGACCGGCACCGCCCAAGCAACCAUCAGUCUGGAGAACAACGACGACGACGGCCUCGACCAACCCUACGGCAACGACUUUGAGACGAACCGCCGUUACCUAACCUUUAGCUGGUGGCUCCUCAACGAGGGGUGGAAGGAGCUCGGCCAGCGCGUCGAGGCCGCCGUCCGCCAGGUCUUUGGCCACUUGAGCCCGCGCGACCUGCUCAGCUUUCAGCAGUUCUCGGAGCUGACGCUCGCGGUGCGCAAGGCCGUUGAGGGCGCCACACCCGAGGAGCGGAGGGCCGCAAAGUGGCUGCCGUAUCUCCUCCCGCCACGGGACAAGGAGGACCACGUGCUCCGUGAGUCCGGUAUCCUGGAGGAAAGCACCGUGAUGCUGUCCGAGAGCGCCGCCUUCCAGUCAUCGCCGUCGUCGUCGCCCGCCGUGAGAAGGCUGCUCGACGAGACGUCGGACCUCAUCGAGUCGCCCUCCUUCACACAUGUGCUCACACUCCUCCUCGACGCGGGCUUCUCCCUGCUCGUGGACAAGAAGGUCUCGUCGGCGGCUUUUGACAAGCCGGACCUCGAAGAAUCGGAACCGCGCACGUUGCAGGUGGUGGUGCUGCUGCCCAAGAUCCUCUCGGUCCUGACGAGACAGGCCCACGUCAUUGGCAACGGUAUGCCGAAUGAGUACCUGCAGGAGAUGGAGCAGGUUGCCGAUCUCGAGGGCUUCGCCGCCGUGGUGUACUCGAGUAACUGGGAGAACGAGAUCCACGACGACGAGGGCAUCAUGGCGAGCGCCGUUGAUGUGAGGGCCAGCGAGGUGCCCCGCGCCAGCCAGAGCACUGCUACCACGUUGCCCAGUCAGUCGCAGAGCACGACGCAGGGUACCGGGGAGGAGAGCCUCGUAAUGGUGAACCCGCAGUCCAGCUUUGAAAGUGCGUGGGGGAGAGCGGUGGACAGCCAGUAG